CAGAGCUGCUUGGCUAAGCAGUGAAGCUGUGGAGAAAUAAAAAAAAAAAAAAAGAAAUUAACUUAUGAAUGAAGGUGAGCUUUAUUUUUAGUGAUAGUUUACCAUCACUUUAAAAUCUGAUAAUAUGGUGGUGUUGCUACUGCAGUAGGCCACACUCGUGCACACUUGCUUCCUUUGUAUGCUGUUGGUGAUGUUGCAUAUUGCCAUAAUGCCUCUAAUAUGUGAAAUCGCAGUAGGGCUUUUCUAAAACGGACUUCCAGGAUCUGUAGAACUUUGAUAUGCCACUUUGCUGGCUCAAGUAAUACAGCGUGUGAAAUAACCUGUCCCUUUUAACUUAUUUAGGGCAAGGACUUGUUUAAAAAAAAAUGCAUAUACAAGCAGUUAAACAUUUCUGUACGUUAUAAAGUGAAGCAUUCUACUUCAUUAUUUAAAUGUAAUUUUUAAAUAAGCAAUUACACAUGGAGCUUUCAAAGAUGUGAACUGCCUUUGCAAGAUUUUGCGUUUUAUUUCUAUCAAAUGCUUUUGACACUAGUCUUUCCUAAAGAAUUUAGUUUGAAGAUUGUGUUGUUCAUCACUAAUAUUCAGAAUGUAUAGUCCAUUAUUGAACUGCCAGCUUUAAAGGGACAGUGUACUGUGAAAAUUGUGUUUUCCUUAAUGUGUUUCUAAUUGUUUUAUCAGCUGCAUAGUUUAAAAUGUAUGGGUAAUUGUUCCUUUUAGGUAUUUUUAUGUAUAUGUAAAACGGUUUCUACUAACUAAAACCACAACCCAGUGCAUUGGGCUUAUCUUGUAGGGAGACCACCUCAUUAUGUUAUCUAAUUAUUUGCACAAAGUUCCCCUUAUCUUUUUUUUUUAAUUACUGUUUACUCAAAAGGCCAGUACUUUGAGAGGAGAACAAUGGAAUAUAAAGCUUUUAAUAGCUCUCCAUCGCAGGCCUCCACUGAGAGAAUUAUUUUAUCUAACCUUCCUUGUUUACAUGAUUUUUCUAUGUAACCAAAACUUAAAGGGACACUGUACCCAAAUUUUUUCUUUUGUGAUAGAGCAUGCAAUUUUAAGCAACUUUCUAGUUUACUUCUAUUAUCAAUUUUUCUUCUUUCUCUUGAUAUCUUUAUUUGAAAAAGAAGGCAUCUAAGCUGAGGAGCCAGUAAAUUUGUGGUUCAGAACCAUAGACAGCAAUUGUUUAUUGGUGCUGCCCAAUCAGCAAGGACAACCCAGGUUGUUCACCAAAAAUGGUCCGGCAUCUAAACUUAAAUUCUUGCUUUUCAAAUAAACAUACCAAGAGAAUGAAGAAAAUUUGAUAAUAGGAGUACAUUAGAAAGUUGUUUCAAAUUGCAUGCUCUAUCUGAUUCACAAAAGAAAAAAAUUGGGUACAGUGUCCCUUUAAGUUUAAAAUGUUCAGUAUGGGUGGGGAUAUAAUAGGCAAAAUUAGCUAUUUCAAAAGAAAAAAUAAGCGAAGGAGCUAUUUGCAAACCAUUUAAUACACUGCAGUAGUUAAAAUGGAUAGUUGGGAAUACAUUAAACUGCAGAAAAUAUUAGCGUACACUGACCCUUUUUAAUGUUCCAUUCCGGCUUUCACUCAGGUGAUAUCUUUUGAACUAGAAUUGCAUAGCCACUAGAUGGGAAAACCUUUUUUUUUUUUUUUCCCCCAGGAGGAUUUCUUACUUUCAUCUCUUUGGACCAUAUAUGUUAAAGUUAGAUUUUGGGAAGAUUUUAGGUUUCCUGGUUAAUUUUCUUUUCUUCUUUUUUUUUUCUUCAUUUCAACACAUCCAUGCCGUAUUUCAUGGUUCUAGAAAGGCAGCAGUAAAAAGUAAAUACAAUUUUUUUAAAAAAUUAAAAACUGGUGAGGGCUCUCAUUGUUUUGUUUUUUCAUUUAUUUUCUUUUGUAAGUGGUCCUUAUUAGAAUAUAUUUGGUGCAUGAAUCAUGAUAUGCUGUCUCAGUAGAAAAAAAGAUAUAUAGAUUUCACCUUGGGGCGCAUGCAUGCAAUACUGUCCCAUGAGAGAUACUAUAAUAUACUCAGCUGAUAUAUGCAAAGGCAUACCUACUUAAAGCCCAGCAUUUCAAGUAACAUUACCCCCUGUCUCAAAAACUAUUAUCUAAACUGAAUAGUGGACACAUGCAAGAUAACACUGCUGUGUAAUAUCAAUCUGUUUUAAAUCUCACAGAAUAGGGGGAAGGAACCAUUACCUUUAUUUAACAGUGGCUUUUCUUUUUUGUUGUUGUGUUUUACAGUUCUUUUCCCUGGUUCAGCCUGAACUAUAUACCAGGCCCUGCUGAAAAUACCACUCAACAGUUUUCUUCUGCAGCUUAUCCAGUUUCUCUUAAGUGCCCUGUACAUAUUGUAUGUUUUAUGAUGACAUGCAGUUUCUUAAUGUGCAUUCAAGACGAAUUACUGGUAUUUGCAAAUCUAAAGUUUCAUUUUUGUUUUCUUUUACUUCUGAUUUUGGGGGUAUGGGCACACAGAAAAAAAACCUAUAUUUUCCUGACAUGUAAAGCAUUUGUUUACUUGUGUAAUUGUCUUUGGGAUUGCUGUUUAGCUCACUUGUAGAGGGUAGACACACAUGCUUAGAUGAAUUAACUGGCUGCAUUAGCUUUUUCUCAAAUUUCUUUGCAGUCAUAAUCAGUAGGAUAUGAUUUAUGCAAUAAAUAGCCUUAGUUCUCAAAACAGUAAUAAAAUGCCGUACUACCCUCCAAAAAAAAACGCAAAAUCAGAAGCCCUAUGCUUUAACAAAGAAAAAAAAUACACUCGCUGACCAGUUCUUAAAGGGACAUGAAACCCAAAAAUUUUCUUUCAGGAUUCAGAUAGAGAAUACAAUUACAGGUAGCCCUCAGUUUACGCCGGGGUUAGGUUCCAGAAGGAAUGGUUGUAAAUCGAAACCGUUGUAAAUUGAAACCCAGUUUAUAAUGUAAGUCAAUGGGAAGUGAGGGAGAUAGGUUCCAGGCCCCUCUCAAAAUUGUCAUAAGUAACACCUAAUACAUUUAUUUUUAAAGCUUUGAAAUGAAGACUUUAAAUGCUAAACAGCAUUAUAAACCUAAUAAAAUAAGCACACAACACAGACUUCACUUGCAUUUUUCUGCAAACAGUUCUUUCUAUGCACUCCAAUCUGGACUUAUUUAUAGACAGGAAGAUCUUGUUGCUUUGAAAUCUGCUCGAUAGCUCAGGUCUGGUUAAACUGAUUUCAGCUUGCUUGGCUGCGCUGCAACACAAGCGGACAGCUCCACCUACUGGCUAUUUUAAUAAAUGCACUGCUUCUCAAUAGCAGUCACAUGACUGGAAAAAAAGGUUGUUAUUCUGAAACGGUGUAAAUUGAACCGUUGUAAAACGAGGGCCACCUUUCCAAUUUGCUACUUUUAUUUAAUUUGCUUCCUUUUCUUGUUAUCCUUUGUUAUCUAGGAAAGGUCAGGAGCAUCAAAGAACCUAGUUUCUAGCUGCUGAUUGGUUGCUGAAUAUAUAUAUAUAUAUAUAUAUACCGAUUGUCAUUGUCUCACCCAUGUGUUCAGUUAGAAACCAUUAGUGCAUUGCUGCUCCUUCAACAAAUGAUACAAAGAGAAUGAAACAAAUUAGAUAAUAGAAGUAAAUUACAAAGUUGUUAAAAAUUAUAUUCUCUAUCUGAAUUAUGAAAUUAUUUUUUUUGGGUUUCCUGUCUCUUUAAAAUGAACAGAUAUCUGACACGAUUAUAUGGUAGGUAUACAAAAUAGUGAAUUGUUCCAUAUUAUUAACCCCCCCUAAAUCAAACUCUUUUUUUGUCUUGUGUAUUUUGAUUUUUCUAUGUGCGUUAUAGUGAAGCAGCCGGCACGAGUCGUUGUUCAUAAAACAGCUUUUGAAAGUUGAGAGCACACCCCUGGAGAACCGACUGUGCUUGCUUACGUUUGGUUCAUGACUUAAAAAUCGAGUACAGGAGUAAUUCCUGAUGAAACAAAAGCCUUGUCUUUAUUGGCUCCAGCUAAUGCAGUGGCCGGUUUAUUGCCUGGAGGAGGACUUCUGCCCACUCCAAAUCCACUCGCUCAGAUUGGGGCUGUUCCUCUUGCAGCCUUGGGAGCUCCUACAAUUGAUCCGACCCUUGCAGCUCUUACCCUUCCUGGAGCAAAUCUAAACACACAGUCUCUUGCAGCAGAUCAGCUUUUAAAGCUCAUGAGCACUGUUGAUCCAAAGUUGAACCAUGUAACUCCAAGUCUAAAAUCCGAUGCCUCCAACAAAGAUAUCGAGGAGGCUAUGAAACGGGUUAGGGAAGCUCAGGCUUUGAUUUCCGAGGCUAUAGAACCAGACAAGAAAGAUGACAAAAAGAAACGAUCACGGUCACGCUCUCGGUCUAGAAGGAGAAGAACGCCUUCAUCAUCAUCCCGUCAUCGACGUUCAAGGAGUAGAUCAAGACGAAGAUCCCACUCAAAGUCUAGAAGUAGGCGGAGAUCAAAGAGUCCUCGGAGAAGAAGAUCCCACUCUAGAGAGAGAAGCCGUCGUAGGUCUAGGAGUAAGUCUAGAGAUAAAAAGAGAGAAGAAAAAGAAAAAAAACGUUCUAAAACCCCACCCAAAAGCUACAGCACAACUAGAAGUUCUAGAAGCACAAGCAGAGAUAGGAGGCGCAGAAAAAGUCGGAGCGGAUCACGAUCUCCCAAAAAAAUUAGGUCACCAAAAAGAAAACCAUCUCGUUCUCCAUCUCCCAGAAGGCAUAAAAAAGAAAAAAAGAAGGAUAAGGAGAGAGAGAAGCAUAGAGAUGAAAGAGAAAGAUCUACAAGUAAAAAGAAGAAAAGCAAAGACAAAGAAAAAGAACGAGAGAGAAGAUCAGAAAGCGACAAAGAUAUAAAACAGGUUACACGAGAUUAUGAUGAAGAAGAACAAGGCUAUGACAGCGAGAAAGAAAGAAGAGAGGAACUCAUGACGACUGAGUCAAGUCCUACAGUUCCAGGAGAUAUCCCUAUUGAUAAAGCAAGUUGCAGUACAGCUAAGGACUCUAAAGUGAAUGGUGAUGAUCACCAUGAAGAGGAUAUGGAUAUGAGUGAUUGAGGUUUAGCAAUGAAUGUUAAAAAAUACAUGAAACAGUGUCGUCCUUAUGUGAUUUUGAUUUAUAUUUAAAAUGUCCCUUCUGAUUUGGUUAUACUGUACUGAGCUAUAUGUAGAUGAAUGUACAGAAUUUUAUCGGUUACAUCUUUAUUCAAUGAUUUGUCAAAAGCGUUGAGGUGGAUAUUAAGUUGUCCGGUCAAACUGAAUUGUUUUCUAAAACAAUUCUUUCUAAAUGUGAAACCACUUCAUAUGCUGCAUGUAUCUGCAACUGAUGUUGGUUGUAUGAUUGUGCUAUUUAAUUGCUCAGUUACUUUGUGUGCUAGAAUUGAAUUCACUGAGUAUGUGAGCAAUAUAGGGGAUACACAGAAUACAUGUUAAAUAUGACAGAAAUAUAGAUGUCCUAAACGCAUUGUCUUCUGUGAAGUAAAUUGGGAAAUUACUAUUUUAUAAUUGCAUCCUAUGAUAGGUAGGUUUAAAGCCUAUGGCUGAUUUUUCCUUUUUUUUUUUUUCUUUUUUUUUUCUUUAAGAAACUUCAAUAAAAAUGUGCUAACACUUUUCAAAGUCUACUCUGACCCAUCAACAUUUGUUCUGAUGUAUUGUUCAGUGAUCUUCCGAAUAUAUUUAAUAUUACAAAAGCAAAAGAUGGUCUCUGUAUUGUAAAAUAUUUUACACUAUGUUAAUUAUCCUCUCCACCACAUAGCAUAAUUCAAAAGGUAUUUUGCAUUUUAAUCUUAAAUUUGUAUGCUUUUAAAGGUCUGUCUUUUGGGGGGUCAGAUGUAAAACAAAUGCAUUUUGUGUUGCUGUCACUGCAGUAGUUCUCUCAUAGUGAUUCCCUUGCUAUUGUAUGCUGAGUAGUUGGUAAGCUGGUUUGUUAGCCCCAGAACCUGCAGAGCUGAAUUUUGGCAAUUACCAAAUAAAGAGAUGUAGGCUACUAUCUGUGCCAUGUUGAUGUACAGUUCCUGAAAUUUUGUUUUACAAGACACUUUGAUAAUAAAAUCUUUAAAUAUCA